AGGAGGCCAUGCCAUUCCCAGGCUUACAACAAUCAGUAGAUGAUGAUUUGAAGAUGUACAAACAGCGAGAUCUAUCACAAACGUAUUUCUUCAAGGUGGCCAGCAGAACAUUUGGUCCUCCAAAGUCUAGAAGACGUUGUAUCAUUGCCCCACCUAUGGAGAAUUGUGAGUUAAGAGAAGAUACCAAAAUUAUAUUACAAGAGAUUCCUAGUAAUAAAACAAUAUCUGAUAUAGAGAAGGCAACAAACCAAGAGAGAGAUGUACGUCAGGAACGUGCUGAUUGGAUAUCUGAGAGAAGGAAACUGCGGGCCCAGCUAGAUAGUAUGGGGGAUCUUAAGACAUGGCUGCAAGGAAAACCACUUCUCACUGAGCUGGAGACUUUAAUACUGGACAGGAUAACUGAGGAAACACCUAAAAGUCCAGUGUCCCAAGUAACUUCACAAGAUAUGGACACAGAACACUUCUACCCAAAGAGUCCACCAUGCCGCAGAUCCACACCAUCCAUCCGGCGGCCACACCCUGAUGCUCUGGGUAUCCUAGAUCACUAUUUACACCGGAGCCGGCUACGUCUUGUGGAUUUGUACAAUCAGACAGACAAGAGCAAAAUGAAAAAAAUAUCCAGUCAAGAUCUGAAAGCCGUUAGGAAAGAGGCCAACAUGCCCAUCAGUGACCUACAGUUUGAUGAUCUGGUUAUCAGUCUGAGCAAGAAGAACCCAAAUGUUAUUAAUUAUAAGGAACUGUCCAGAGGAAGGGACUCCUGGAGGAAAGAAAAGAAAGAAGAACGUAAGACCCACAGGAGUUCUAAGUCAGUUAGCUUCCCCCAGCAUCUAGAAGACAUCAGAAAAGUAAGCACUGAGCGGCCACUCUCACCCGGGAUUUCAGGGUCUUUUGAUCUUCUCAAGGACACAAGGGCAGAAUCUGCUACACAUUACAGUGAGAGCAGCAGGUCACAGUUUCUUCAGGUUCCACCAGUUAACCUUGAGGAGAAGAGGCCAUUGACCUAUGAAGAUAUGGAAGAGAUUGGGAAGAUGUACAGAGAGAGGAGACGCAGAGGAAUGAGCAACACUCGUCUCCUAGACUGGUUGGAGAAGUGCCGUGUGGUGCGCACAGGGAACACAGCUGUGGAUGGCCAUUCCCUGCCCUCUACCCUGGGAGAUGAGAUGGGAGAGACAGUUGAGCAGUACAGAAGGCAGGACCUGCAGCAAUACUACAAGAUCCUGAAGCUCUGCCAAAGCUAUAGGGUACCACUUUCAGAAAAACUGCUGGAGAGAGCUCUCCUCUAUCCUGGGGACAAAUUAAUAUGUGACGCCGGACAGCACCUGAAUUUCAGACAGCCUGGGAGAACUCCUCUCCAACCUGAAUACAUUUAUGGGAGACAGCAAGUUGCAAGGGCAGAACAAGACAGACGGAGCUUAUAUACACAGUCUGAGGACACAAGAAGCAGCAGUAUUCUGAGCAGAGAACCAUGCACUCCUGAUGCACGUGUAAGCCAGGCCCAGGCCAAAGCGAGAGACGACACACAGGAUAAUCAUAAUACAGGGGAAAUGUUUAUAAAACCUGCACAAAUAAAAGAGAAAAGUGGGGCACCGUACCCUCCCAACUCAUAUGUGAGACGUGUCCGUGCCAAAGUGAGAGGCAGUAAAAAGGCUGAGCCAAGAACCCUAAACUGUUGGACCACAUUUGAGCAGUUUCAAGAGAUGAGCAGAAACCUGAAGAGGAGAUUUCCACAUAUCUUCCUGACCACGGAUUAUAAUGCAUUCUGGCCUGGUCAGGUCCUGGACAAACUUUGUAUUUAUCUGCCUAAAGUUGCACAGAAAGAUACAAAACUACCCUCACACUCUACAGAUUGAAAGACACAUUUUACUGAUAUGCGUGAGAAGAAAGAAGUAUCAACUUUAUAUUAGAUUUAGGAUUGGGACCUUUUUUACUGUGACUCUAAGCAUGGACAUGUAUUAAUUUAUUGUUUGCAUUGAUUAUUCAUGAUGGAAUAAAAGUCAGUUGUCCUGACCAGACCACCCCAAACAA